AGGCGGAGAGCGAGUCCCGCCCUCCAGGCCGCUGGAAAAGUUUGUGCCCUGGCUCGCGCGGCCAAAGGCUGAGGGAGCCGGUCCCGGGGACACCCGACAGGUACCCGGAGCUGAACGUGGAGGCAGGACGAGCCCAAGCGAGCCCCCAGGACUAUCCGGUAUCCCAGCCCGCUUCGCAUCUAUGCGGAGGAACAGGCGCCAGCAUGCCGGUGGGUGACCCAUGUGCCCUUCCCAGACAGAGGAGCCAAUUCUCAACACCCCAGCCGGGGUCUGGCCUGGAUCAUUACUAAAGCUUGAGCCAGUCUUUGUUUUCCCUGGAAAUGGACGUUCCCAGGGCGCCCUCUGGUGGAUUUGGAGCUGACUGCCUGUGAAUUCCAAGUGAUGGCCAGCGUCCACUCAUCAUAUCCCAGACCCUUCGCUGAGAAUGAGACUCUACACAAACAUUACAACUACGUGGGCAAGCUGGAAGACCGGCUGAGAGAAUCCCCUGAAGGCAGCACUCUCACCACUGUGCUGUUCUUGGUCAUCUGCAGCUUCAUCGUCCUGGAGAACCUGAUGGUUCUCAUUGCCAUAUGGAAGAACAAUAAAUUUCACAACCGCAUGUACUUUUUCAUCGGCAACCUGGCUCUCUGUGACCUGCUGGCUGGCAUUGCCUACAAGGUCAACAUUCUGAUGUCGGGCAAGAAGACACUGAGCCUGUCUCCGACGGUCUGGUUUCUGCGGGAGGGCAGCAUGUUCGUGGCCCUCGGGGCGUCCACCUGCAGCUUACUGGCCAUCGCUAUCGAGCGGCACUUGACCAUGAUCAAAAUGAGGCCCUACGACGCCAACAAGAAGCACCGCGUCUUCCUUCUGAUCGGGAUGUGCUGGCUCAUUGCCUUCUCCCUGGGUGCCUUGCCCAUCCUGGGCUGGAACUGCCUGCACAACCUGCCCGACUGCUCCACCAUCCUGCCCCUCUAUUCCAAGAAGUACAUUGCGUUCUGCAUUAGCAUCUUCAUGGCCAUCCUCGUGACCAUCGUGAUCCUGUAUGCGCGCAUCUACUGCCUGGUGAAGUCCAGCAGCCGCAGGGUGGCCAGCCCCCACAACUCGGAGCGCUCCAUGGCCCUGCUGCGGACCGUGGUGAUUGUGGUAAGCGUGUUCAUUGCCUGCUGGUCCCCGCUAUUCAUCCUCUUCCUUGUCGACGUGGCCUGCAGAGUGAAAGAGUGUGCCAUCCUGUUCAGAGCCCAGUGGUUCAUCGUGCUGGCGGUGCUCAACUCCGCCAUGAACCCCGUCAUCUACACCCUGGCCAGCAAGGAGAUGCGACGCGCCUUCUUUCGGCUGGUCUGCAGCUGCCUGGUCAGGGCCAAGGGCACCCGCUCCUUGCCCACCCAGCCCGCUUUGGAUCCAAGCAGAAGCAAAUCCAGUGGCAGUAACAAUAGCAGCCCCUCACCAAAGGGCAAGGAAGACAUUCCACAGAUGGUCACCUCGCCCUGCAUCACCGCCAGAAACAAAACCUUGCAAAACGGCGUCCUCUGCAAGUGAGGGCCCAACCUCCAGGAGCAGGGCAUCCUUACAUCUCCCUGGAGGGAGCAGCACCCAGCCCAGCGGCCACAUGCUCAUUUGUUGCAUGUCUCACCGUGAGGCUUUGCUAGAGCUGAGACGCAGGAAAUCUGUUUUGCCAGGAGCCUGCCUGAUGUGGCCGUCUCGUAAGCCUGGGACCCACUGUCCAUUUCAGUGUAGACAGCAUGCCUUGUUAUUUCAGGCUCCAGAGCCUUCCAGACGCACCAAGCUGCUGAUAUCAUUGCUGCCUUCCUCUGAAUCCCACCGGCCACUCUCCAGUAUUCCUGGAGAGGGAAUGGGCCACACAAUGUACAGUGUUUCCCAGGACACUGUGAUGAUGUUUGGGUAACUACACUACACUGACUGUGCUGACAAUGGAUGCUGUGUAUUCCAUUUCUAUGCCGCACUGCACUUGUGUUUCAGAUGUCUGCCAUGGGCACAUGCAUGAGCUGCAGUACACUGCACAGUUAUGUGACAAGUAACACACGUGUCUUCCGACUGAAUCACCAGCUAUAGGAUAUGGCUGGGAACUAAGUGGACAUGCCAGUCCCACUGUCCUGAGACUGACGUGAAGUCUUGAGUUAAGGAGGUUCUGAAUGCCAAAAUUCUCAAAAAAGCCUUGUCUAAGGCCAGUCCCAGAUGUGUGGGUCAAACCCCAAAUAGUCCUGAGACAUGCCUGGGAGCAGGUCAAGGUCUAAAUGUUCAUGGCGAGAAUGACCACGUUCUGUGCGUGCAGGUCCCCCAAGGGGUCCCCACUUCUUCCUUGUCAUGUGCCCCUGCACAGUUUUAAGCACAUCCAAAAGCCAAAUUACAUGAGUGUUCAGGGGUUUCCCCAAAUCACAGAAAAGUCAGCCAAGGUCUUCCAGAAUGCUGUACUCUAGGCCAACUAAGAAAUGAACCCACCUGAGAGAAGCAGGGACAGACACCUGGCCCGUUUUACCUUUCCAAGUUGCCAGAAGCAGUUUAAUGGAAAAUUUCUAUUGAAUUAGGAGAGGUUUACAAGACAGCACCUUAAUCCUAUGUUCAAUUUGAUUGUAUGUCAGAAAGGCACCAAAUCAGUAACCGCCGUGUUGCAACAGCCGAGGAGCUGGGGCCAUCAGCAGUCUCACAGCUUCUGAAAAGAUGAACCUGGCAGUCACAUUAAAGCAGUUUAAUUGUCAGGAGAGGAAACAUGAUCUGGCAGUUUGUGCAUUCUUCAAAGAAAUGUAAUAAUACUGUAAUCUUAUUUUUCAACAUAGGUCAGCCUUGUAUCGUUCUGUUUACCUUAUAAAGGAAUUACUCCAAAGGCGUUUUUGUGUAUGCUCUUCCCCAAGGAUUCUACAUAAAUACAAACUGAUAAAAAAGAACACACACAUCUGUAGAGGCCCCUGAAGCACACAGUGGACGUAUUGAGUUAUUUGUAAAAACAAAACAAACAACCUUCGAAAGGAUUUUUACUUGGGGAAACCUCACAUGUGAACCCCCUGAAGUUUUUAGGUUCACUGAGAAUGUCACCUGAGUAAAGACUGAGAGAGUAGUCUUAACACGUAACUUUUUCGAAGAGAGAUUGACUCCUGUUUAUCUGAUGCAAGUUCCUCUUAUUGAGGGACGUUUCCAUGGGACCUGGGGGAUCUCCGUGUACUGACAAAGACUUUCCUCAUUUUUGUUCCUGAUGAGAUAACUCCUAAUUGUAAGGAGACGUUCAUCAGUGACAUUUUUUGUUGCCUUCUUUACAUCACUGAAAAGGAAGUUGUUCUUUUAUCAAAUAUUAUGAGAAAACCCAAGGCAUUUCUAGAAAAGUUAAGCAUUAAGGUGCUGGGUUAAGAAAAAGAAUGCAUCAGAGAGGCAAAAUAUUGGGUAUUGCACCUCACUUCAGUCAUGACAUGACUUUAAAACUUGAUACUACAGUUCUGAGUUGCUUGGGGGCCCGAGAUCUCUUUCACUAGUAUUAAUAACACUUUGUACCAUAACCCCAACUUUCCUUUGAGAUAACCCAAAACUUUCAAGUGAUAUGAAUGAAAAAUACUCCAAAAAAGUAAUUGCAUUCAUUUGAUAUGUUCAAAAACUAAUCAACUUUAGUACCAACGUAUAUGUACAUUCCUAACUAGCUAGCUGGAGAUCAUUUAGAAGCUGAGUAUUUCAAAGCCACAGAGAAGCUGCACAUUAGAACUCAUUCAGGUAGUAACCUUAACUAUGUCCCAUGUAUAUUUGUUAAAAAAUAAAAUCGAAAGUCUUUGUAUAAACCAUUGUUGGAAGUCCACGUGGGGUCUGUCUUCACCGGGGCCUCCUCUGGUCGUGUACCAGAUGGCAUCCUGGCCUCCCACCUGGUACCAGUGUUUUUCCAGGAAUCAAACCACUCUGAGAACCCUGAUAAUCUUUCCACCCUACAUUUCCCCACUGACAUAUGUGGUGUUGAGUGAGUAUCAGGGCUGUUUCACCAAGUUUGAUAGGUCACACUGUUUUGAGGAAGGUUAGUAGACAGGGAGAAGAUUGUGAGAGUCAUGGCAGUCCAUGUAGGCCCAACAAAGAUGGGAUGUUUGAUUCUGCUCCAUUUGCAACGGGAGAGAAGAGGUCAGAACUGGCACAUCCCCCAGCUUUCUCCUUUACAAACUGUAGUUUUGGCGUGUGUGUGCGUGUGUGUCCCUGCCCUGUGUUCUAGAGAGAAAGAGGCCUAACUAGUCUGGUGGUGACAGUCAUGAAGAAAUCUCACCAACAAAACCGAGGAUCAAACCUUCUGCCACCUGUGAUUCUGCCCAAGGCCCGCUGGGUACAAAUUCACGUAAGUCUCCUCAGGAAUGCUUCUGCCCAGCUGCCGUUUUCAUUCCACACCCUUGGCCAGCAGGCAGGGCUUUGCUGUGAUUGUGUUUCAAGACAUCUCCUGGGGAAUAACUGACUAUCUGCUUUCUCUGGAAAGGUUUCAAUCGUGCCUCCUCUGUUUUGAGGCAAUACAAGAUCCACAGUCCAACAGAAAGACUUUUCGUAAUAUUCUUUAUUGCCCACAGACUUAACAUUGACAGUCAUUUAAACAAUGGAUGAUUUAGAAAACGGCUGUUAUUUCAACCCUUGACCCAUGGUUAUUCUGCACUGGUAAAGAGCUUUUCACAGAAAUGUAGCAAGGUGUAUUUUAUAGAAAACUUCUAAUUAAAUUACCAAGUCCAUGCUUUUAAAUUGUAUCUAUGAGUGCAAAACCUCAACACCCAAAUGUUUUAGUAUCUAAGUCAAAUAUCAAAGGGUUUGCUACAUAAUCAUAAAUGCACAUACCACUGCUCUGAAAAUGAAGGCACAUUUCCCGAUAACCAAUGAUAAGAAGUGCAGCACUGCCUACGUGGGUGACAACCUCCUUCCUGGGCCAGAGUGAUGACACUUGGGGACACCAAGCAGCUCCUUCCCUUGGUUACCGUAGAAACCCAGGUGCCAGGUGCAUCAUCAAGGGCUCUCAGCUGGAAACCACAUCAUUUCCUGAAGGUGAGGAGGGAAUUUAAACCAAUUCUCUUCACCCUUACUAUUGUCAAAUCUCCCAAAUGUUGGCCACAUAACUUAGGUGUUACCAUUGUUCAUAGAGCAGAGAUUAGAAAACUUGAAAUCAGUUUUGUAUUCCACUCCUCAGGAUGUCCAAAGGCCCAUUCUGUUACAAUAUCAAAGUAGAAAAUGGUAACUUGGCAAUAAACCCAAACAGAGACGUUGACAAUAAUUCUUUUUUUGUUUCACAAAAGUUAAUGGAAAA